AUGGACAGCAUGUCUGAUCCGCCCUCCACUCAGAGUUCGUCUUCGGACCAACUCGCGGCCUUCAGUCCCAAUACCGUUGAGGCUUCCUCUCAACGAACCCCGGUUGUAUUCCCUGGAAUGUCGACUCUUCGGUCUGCUGACCCAUUCGGCGGUUGGCCCCAGGGAAUUUUCUCACCAGGAAUGUCUGCCCCGGGCACCGGCCUGUCUCAUUCUCGUGGUGCUUCUACGUCUGCACUUCCUGCUCCGGCUUUUAGUAUCCCGCCUCCAUCUCAAUAUUCGCCUGCGCAAACCCAGCACUCAUUCGCUCGUACUCAGCACAGCUCUCAGCCUCUGUACUCGCCUAGCCACGUUGGCCGUUCAGUCUACUCGCCGUCCCCAGUGGACUUGCCCAGCCCCCUUAACCCGGACUUCUUGGCCCGUUUGUUGGCUGCCUCUGCUGAUCAACCUGCUGGACUUGAUCCAGUGUCAUCUUUCCCACGGAACACCAGCGCCCCUAGUCAGGGCUUGGCUCAUAUUCUGAAUGACCUACCUUCCCCCGUUCUCCCUUCGUUGGCCACUGACAAUCAGCGUGGCUUCAUCGUCAAUGGUGUUCCUACCAACUCUACUCAUUGGUCUGUGCUGGAGCACUUUCUUCCUGGGGAUUACCCUUCCAUCGACAGUGUUUAUCUCAGAGACCUCCAGACCCAAGGCCGAUUUUCAGUUCUGUUUGCCGAUCUCCGUGACGUGACACGUUCUAUUCACCGACUCAGAUACACUCAUCCUGAAUGGGUUGUGGAUCCUGCCUCAGCUCAAGAUAUUGCGAAUCUCACCAAUGAAUUCGAUAUCCCUAGCACCUCAAAUACGAACGAUGGCAUACUUAUGGUAACUGUUCGCGCUAACGGUAACUGCCUGACAGAAGAUUAUCAUGAUCUGGUGGAGCGUCUAGUUCGUUCUCUUGGCGAUGUGCGAUUGUUCCGGCUUUCUGAGAACGGAUCGGUGGCUCAAAAGUAUCGAGUCGAAUUUUACAGCACACGCCAUACUUCUUACGCUUUUGCCUGCCUUCAAGGGUUCAAAUACGAGUAUCUUACAUUCCAUGCUUCCUUCAACCGUCCACAGGAUGAUACCAACCGGGGUCUCCGCCCUCGAACCCCCAGCGUGAGCUCCCAACAUGUUCCAUUGACUCCGGACUUUGUUUCCUCCAGCAGUGAUACCUCUCCGAGCAAGGAAAGCUCCAAUGGUGAAAACACGAUUGAUAUGGACCUCAUUCACCGAGGCAUGGACGUUCGCAGCACAAUUAUGAUCAGAAAUAUUCCCAACAAGAUUACUUCGGACGAGCUUAAGAAUAUCCUGGAUGAAUCAAGCUUCGGAAAAUAUGACUUCCUCUAUCUGCGCAUGGACUUCAAUCAUGGCUGCAACGUCGGUUACGCCUUUGUCAACUUUGGAGACGCAAUUGAUAUCGUUGACCUCAUGUUGGCUCGUCAGGGCAAGACCUGGCCCGAUUGUCUUUCCGAAAAGAAGGCAGAGAUCUCUUAUGCCACUCUCCAAGGAAAAGAUGUGCUCGUUGCCAAGUUCCGCAACAGCAAUGUGAUGACCCGUCCUGCCAAUGAACGCCCUCGUCUAUUCCACAUCGGCGGACCUCGUUCUGGAACCGAGGCACAAUUCCCACCUCCGAAUGAUGCCAGCAAACUUCGUCGCUCUGUUGCCAGUACUACCCAGCAAGGCCUCUUUGCUCCUCGUGCCCGAGAUGUCGCUACUCCAGUUAGUGGCAGUCGCAGUCGUCCCCGAGCUCGCGCGCAGUCCUUCAGUCAAAACCCCCGGUCUCGACCCUUCCUUCGAACUCCCCGAGGAUCAGUUGGACAAGCCAUGCUGAACAGUGACGAUGUUUUCAGCUCUCCCAUGCAACUUGAUGAUGAUCGUUCUAUCAAGACAGAGGACGAGUAA